UUACCCUCUGGGUGAAGUUAAUUAUAAUCUUUUUUCAUCUGGCCGUCAUUUUCCAUCCUGCUUUUACUGCGUGGAUUGGGUGAUCGAUUGGACUAAUUUGCUGCUGCUCUGCCAUAAAUUUAAUUGUGUCAAUACGUCUCAGUAUUCCGGUUCAAAUUACAAUUCCACGCGUUAUCAUCGAAUCAGGGGAGAGAAAAAUAAAUAUGUAAGCUCUUCUUCUGCCCUGGCUGAUGUGGAACCACAAAUUUUGCACACAAUGGAAAAGGAAUAUUAUGCUGUUUUGCCGUCUGUCCAUUUAUUUGUGCUCCAGCCACAGCAGCUAGAGACCGAUUAAUUGCGUGAAUUGAAAAGUGAAUUUGAAAGUUAAUUGUUGUUAUUAAAACAAAGUCCAUAGUAUGAGUGCUUAGCUUAAAACUUGUGUACAUAGGGAGAAUUUAAUAAGCUUGACCUAUCCGGGUAGCAAACUUAAAAACUUGAGUUGAAAAUAAUAUCACUGUUUUUAUUCGUUUCCCGAGAGCCGGUAGUUAUUCAGUGGGGGUCGCCGGAAGGAGUUCAAAUUGUAUAAGUAGCCUCCGCUAGUGAUGAUAAGCAGCUAAUUCAAUUCGUAUUUCAACAUGAAGACAGUGGCGUGGAAGCGUUCUAGGGUGCUGAAACUUGGUGGCGUUGCUACCAUAAUUCUUUUCGUCUUUGUGCUAUUUAUCAGAUCCGGAAACGACGGAGAAUCGCAUGGAUGGAAUUUACGAAGCGAGGCGCUGAAAUCUCGAUUAAGGACAGAAAGAGAAGUUCCUUUCUUAACUCCUGAAAAAUUGGGAAACUUUGAGCCGGAAGAGGAGCCUAUUGGAGAUGGUCCCGGCGAUGGGGGAAAACCAUAUCGUCUUCCCGCAAAUAAACAAAAUGAAGCAGAUGAAUCCAUUUCCGAGUACGGAAUGAAUAUGGCAGUUUCAAAUGCAAUAUCAUUAGAACGACCAAUUCCCGAUACCCGAAUGUCUGAAUGCAAACAUUGGCAUUAUCCUGAAAAUAUGGGACUGAAGGCCAGCGUGGUAGUCGUAUUCCACAAUGAAGGAUGGUCAACUCUGAUGAGAAAUGUUCAUACAAUUAUUAAAAGAUCGCCUCCGGAAAUGCUUGAAGAAAUAGUGCUAGUUGAUGACUUCAGUGACAAAGAAAACCUGAAGGAUGAACUUGACACUUACAUUAAACGUUUCAAUGGAAAAGUUAAAUUAAUUAGAAAUACUCAACGAGAAGGACUGAUCCGAACUCGAACUAUUGGAGCUCAGCAAUCUAAAGGAGAUGUCGUUGUAUUUUUAGAUGCACAUUGUGAAGUCAAUAGAAAUUGGCUUCCUCCAUUGUUAGCCCCCAUAUACAAGGAUAGAACUACAAUGACCGUGCCAUUUAUUGAUGGCGUGGAUUAUCAAACGUUUGAAUACAGGCCUGUGUAUUCCCCUGGCACACUGUUUAGAGGAAUUUUUGAAUGGGGGAUGUAUUAUAAAGAAACCGAACUUCCUCCCGAUAUGGAGAAAAACCGUCCACACAAGUCUGCUCCGUACAAAUCACCAACUCAUGCUGGUGGACUGUUUGCCAUUGAGAGGGAGUAUUUCCUUGAAUUAGGGGCUUAUGAUCCAGGUCUUUUGGUUUGGGGCGGAGAGAAUUUCGAAUUGUCUUUCAAAGUAUGGCAAUGCGGUGGAAGUAUUGAAUGGGUCCCUUGUUCUAGAGUCGGGCAUGUGUAUCGUGGUUUCAUGCCUUAUAGCUUUGGAAAGUUGGGAGAAAAACACAAGGGUCCAUUGAUCACAAUUAAUUACAAACGUGUGAUUGAAGUUUGGUUUGAUGACAAGUACAAGGAGUUCUUUUACACUCGUGAACCUCUAGCACGAUUUUUGGAUUCAGGUGAUAUUUCGGAACAACUCGCUAUUAAGGAAAAAUUCAAAUGCAAAAGUUUUCAAUGGUUCAUGGAUAACGUCGCCCCAGAUAUGUUGCAUAAAUAUCCAGAACUUCCUCCGAACUUGUACUGGGGAGAAUUCCGAAACAAGGGCACAAACACUUGCAUGGACACAAUGGGGCGUCCAGCUCCAACAAAAAUGGGAGUUUCGGGAUGCCAUGGUCUGGGAAGCAAUCAGGUCCGAUACCGCAAGAGUCAGUUGGUUCGAUUAAACGAGAAGGGUCAAAUUGGAAUUGGGGAACGAUGUGUUGAUGCGGACAAGAGCUCUGUAAAAUUAAUAUUCUGUCCAAUGGGAAAAGUUGAUGGCCCUUGGGUGUACGCCGAGAACGAGCUGACACUUAAACAUAAAACAUUUGACAAGUGUUUGGCAGUCCAUCCAUCAAAUAAUCAAUUGAUUCUGCGCGAAUGUGAUGUAGAUAACACAUACCAUCAAUGGACUUUCAAGAAAUUGAAGUCGCGUUAUUAAUCACUGAACUACAGCCAACAUAAUUGUGAUACUACUGCUGACUACGCCAUUGUGUUUCGUCGUCAUUGUCGUGUCAUGUCGUAUACAGGAAGGGGGAGGGGUAACAAGUUGAACUGAUUUUCUAUUUAUUGGGAUUUGUUUGUUACUGGUUCUUGCCGGCGUAAAUCAAUUUUAAUCCAUGCAUAUUAUUUCUGUACACAUCAAAUUUGUCGUACUGUGUCUUCUAUAAAUUAUGAUUACAUUAUGGUGUAGUAGUUUCCUUUCGUGCCUUACAAUCAAGUUCAUUCUAUUGGUUCUAACGAAUUCGAAAAACUGAAUAUAUUGCAAACUGAAAUCAAGGAACUAGUCUCCAUAUUUUCCUUCCAUGAAUGUGCAAUAUUUUAUCGUACUUUUAUACGAUUAGUGUAGCUAUUUACCAAUUACAACGAAUUUAGCGUGUAAAAUCUACGUAUUUUUAGUACAUGAAUUAGUAAACACUACGUACAUAAAUUAGUUAUUUUAACAUUAGUGUUGUGCAAGUUGUAUCUUUUUAUAUGCGGUGUUGACAAUUAUUGUUUGUCUAUAUAUACGAAUUAUUUUGUGUGAAUGAGUAGAUAUUUUGAUUGAAUUUGUUCAACUUUAAUAAAUUUCUAUAAAAAUAUAUUAA